AUGAACAAAUGGAUUACAGCUCUACUUCAAUUCAAGAAUACGCCAAAAGCAGAUGGUACGUCACCCGCUGUUAAAGUAUUUGGCCAUCCUCUUCGAGAUAAUAUGCCUGCUCACCGACGAUCUUUCGCUCCAGAGUGGCAAAAAAUAAUAGCUGAUGCUGAUGAGAAAUCUUCCAUACACAGUAAUGAAGUGGAAAAACGCUACAAUAAAACUGCACAACCACUUUUAUCAUUAUCUGUUGGAAACAAAGUAGUCUUUCAAAAUGACAGAACGAAGCGUUGGACGAUUAAUCGAUCAAUUAUUAAAAUUGGUAAUCAUAGAGACUAUUUCAUUGCAACUGAUGGUGGUCGUGUAUUACGACGAACUAGAAAGUUUCUUAGACGUCGUUACCCACUGGUCCCUAUACCAAAAUCUGCAUCAAGGACCACUUUCCAGAUCAAACGAUAUCACAUUCACCAAAUGUUACAAUAA